AAUUGCUCCCACCUAGCGAAGUUUGUAUGGCCUGUAAACUUGUGUAAACCAUUUUACACAGUCAUACUUCAUUUCCCAGAAGUCAAUGCGACAAAAAAAAAAACCAACAACAGGGCGUUCGACCAAUAGGACGCCGUAAUCUUCCGUAACACACGAGGUGGACAAUGAAAGUAAACCCAAUGACUGCACGCUUGCUGUGGCACAUUGUCACAAUGCGUAAUGGAGCAAAGGUCAACCUUCUCCUCUGUGAGGGUGACAGCAUGUAGCAUUUUAACCACUUUACCCACACGUUAUUCAAAGUGUUUGUUGGGGACGGAAGCAAGGUCGAAGCGUCGACGAGGACCGCACAUUGCACCUUGACCCAUUCAGGAACCGUGUGGGUUUCAUUCACACUCGGUGAUUUCAUUUUCACUCUGAGUGAUCCCCGAUCAGGUGACACCAUGGUUUCAGACAGUACAGCGGAGCAGCAGAAUGAGAUGGACCAGAAGGUGCGUGCAGCUGAAGCCAUAGAAGGAAAUGCGGACGGGGAUUUGGACAUGGCUGUGUGCACUUCGGAGGAGCCGCCUGCCUCUGAAGGUCUCCGCGAAGAGCCCAGAAAGUGGAGGUGGGCUGUGAUAUUCUUGUGCUUCUAUGGGUUUAUGUCGUCCAUCAAGCCUGGAGAGCCCUUCAUUACGCCAUAUCUACUCAGCGCUGAGAAGAACUUUACCAGUCAGCAGGUGACCAACGAGAUUAUUCCGGUGCUGACGUACUCCUACAUGGCAGUGCUGGUACCCGCCUUCCUGCUGACGGAUCUUCUGCGCUACAAGCCGCUUCUGGUCCUCCAGAGCUUCAGCCAGGUGGUCAUCUGGGUCAUACUGCUGCUCGGUACUUCCCUCCUCGAGAUGCAGUUCAUGGAAUUCUUCUACGGUGUCACAAUGGCGUGCCGCGUGGCGUAUUCCUCCUACAUUUUCUCCCUGGUCAGCCUGAGCCUCUAUCAGCGCGUUGCCAGCUACUCGCGCGCCUCGGUCCUCUUGGGCGUGUUCACCAGCUCUGUGCUGGGCCAGCUUUUCAUCUCAGUGGGGCGAAUCCGCUACAACACCCUCAGUGCUAUUUCUUUGGGUUUUGUCAGUUUAGGUCUGGUGCUGUCGCUGUGCCUGCCCUGGCCCAAACGCUCCUUGUUUUUCAACCAGGCGCGCAGAGAAGCGGCCUCUCAAGUAGCCGCCAAGGCGGAACUGGACAAGAUGAACCCGAAGGAUUCCCAGUUGACCGCAGCGGUCUCCACGUGCUCUGCGUCCCGCUGGAAGGAUUCUAUCUUUGUGCAGAUGCUGAUGGAGCUGAGAACUGUGGUGAAAAGGCCCAACAUGCGACUGUGGUCCCUGUGGUGGGUGUUCAACUCCACAGGAUACUACCUGGUGCUCUUCUACGUCCACAUCCUGUGGAGCAAAGUGUACCCGGCCACUGAGAACAAUAAUGUUUACAAUGGGGCCGUGGAAGCUGCUUCUACCUUACUGAGUGUGUUGACCUCUUUCAUCGCAGGCUUUGUGAAAAUCCGGUGGAAUAUCUGGUCAGAGCUCGUCAUCGGCUCGAUCACAGCCGUGCAGGCUGCCCUGCUACUGCUCAUGGGCACAACUGACAACAUCUGGCUCUGUUACGUGGCCUACGUCCUCUUCAGAAGCUCCUACCAGUUCCUGGUGCCCAUUGCCACUUUUCAGAUCGCGUCGUCGCUCACCAAGGAGCUGUGCGCCCUGGUGUUCGGCAUCAACACCUUCCUGGGGACCAUGCUGAAAAGCAUCAUGAACCUGAUAUUUGCCGACAAGAGGGGGCUGGCUUUGGAUGUGCACAGUCAGUUUCUUGUGUACUUCAUUUACUUCACCCUGCUGACCGUCACCUACUUGACGUGCGCUGCCGUCGUCAUCUUCCGUCACUUCAGAAACCGGCCCGAGAGGCGAGAGGUCAGCCGGCAGCCCAAAUCGACGGAGCUCAGCGACAUGGAUGACUGCUGUGACGCCCACAAGCACUUGUGCAGGACAAUUAUCAGAAUGCAGUGUUGCCAAAUGCAACGGGAACAUUUUGCAGGGUUUUAAAAUGUUGCUACCAGCAAUAAUUAUAGGAGAUGAUGACUGUUUUUGAAUAGGAUUAUACAAUACUCACUAGGAAUGUGAGAUUUAAAUUGUUACAAAAUAACCAAUGUUAUCUGUGAGCUUGUCUGAAUGCUGUAAAACAAAAUCUGUUUGUUUUUAUUGUUUUUGUGUAUGUACAAUUUAAGUGAGUAGGUAAUAAUUACAUUUGAUUUGUCGGACCGAGUUUGUGCACUGGCAUGUCCGUGUUUGUUUGUUGAGCUGUACUUUCAGAAUUGUUUUGUGUAAUGAAGGUUUUGGGUCAGCACCCCUCGCGGUGUCUGCUUAUUUUUUUUAAGGGUCUGAAAUUUUUUUUGCAGCUGCACAGGACAAUAAAUCUUGAAAGUACGGCGGUACGGCUUCUUGCUGGAGGA